AUGUCGCCGUUUACAUUCGUGCUCCUGGUGGUCGUCGCGUGCGCGUGUGCGACGUCGCCAGCCGUCGCAUACACCGUGCGAUUCGAGAUCUCGACCGAUCCCAAAUGCUUCGACGAGGAGGUUCGCGAGGGUGUGCUUGUAGCGGGGUCCUACGUGGCGGUCAACGACGGUCACGGGGAGCCGUUCAAUGUCAACGCUCAGGUGACAGACCCGUCAGGGCAGCAGCUGCACUGGCAGCACGAUGUAGCGGAGGGGCACUUCGGGUUCACAGCGGACGAGACGGGCGAGUUCUCCGUGUGCUUCUGGCUGCCCCACGAGGGGCACCACGAUGCCAAGCGCACUCACAAGAUCGACAUCACGUGGACCACUGGGAGUUCCCGGAAGAGUGUUAGCCAUGCGGCUAAGAAGGGGAGACUUGAUCACUUCGACCUGGAGCUGCGGAAUCUGGAGGAUGCUAUCGACAAGGUGACCCAGGAGAUGAGCUUCUUCCAUGAGAGGGAGUUGGCAAUGAGGAUGAAGACAGAAGAGACACACGUGUACGUUGCGUGGCUCAGUGUGGCAUCUCUCCUGGUGUGUGGCACCCUCGCUGCGCUACAGCUCUGGCACCUCAAGCGCUUCUUCGAACGCAAGAAGCUGCUAUGA